AUGUCGCAUACCGGCACAUUUCGUGGAACGCCCAAUAAGACCAUCGGCAGAGGAAGGCUGCCCGACUUUGACGGUUCCAGCUCCAAUUCUUCCCACAUCCCCCGGCCCCGAUCCGACCGCCCUGAACCUACCUCUUCCCACCCCCCAACCAGCGAAGUUGGUAGCGGAACCGGCACCAUGAGCGCCGCCAGCAGCAGACAGCGACAAACCCAGUCGAAGCGUGAUGAGGCAAUCCGCCUCAAGAUGGAGGCCAACCUCAACAAAAAGAGGCAAAACCCGACCAAGGCCACCCGUUCCCGCAAAGCCCCACCGGGGACCGUCCUGGCUUUGAAGCCCAGUCAGGCCCUACAGAUUAAGCCCUCCCUUAGCAUUUCGGAGGCCGCUCAGUUGAUGGCCGCCAAGCGCGAGGACUGCGUGUUGGUCACCGACGACGAUGAGCGCAUUGCCGGUAUCUUCACGGCCAAGGACUUGGCUUUCCGUGUUAUUGGUAUGGGCCUCAAGGCCCGUGAGGUCUUGGUCUCUGAGAUCAUGACCAAGAACCCUCUAUGUGCGCGAACAGACACCAGCGCAACCGAUGCGCUUGAUCUGAUGGUUCGCAAGGGUUUCAGACAUUUGCCAGUCAUGGAUGAGAACCAGGAUAUUUCUGGUGUUUUGGAUAUUACAAAGUGCUUCUACGACGCGAUGGAGAAGUUGGAGCGCGCCUACAGCUCGUCCCGCAAGCUUUACGAUGCCUUGGAGGGCGUUCAAACCGAGCUUGGCUCUAGCCAACCCCAGCAGGUCAUUCAAUAUGUCGAGGCUCUGCGGUCGAAGAUGUCUGGCCCGACCCUUGAGUCGGUGCUGGACGGCAUGCCGCCGGUGACUGUCUCAGUCCGGACAACUGUGAAGGAUGCUGCAGCUCUGAUGAAGGAACACCACACCACUGCUUUGCUUGUGCAGGACCAGGGUUCAAUCACUGGUAUCUUCACCAGCAAAGAUGUUGUUCUGCGUGUCAUUGCUCCUGGCCUCGACCCGGCCACCUGCAGCGUCGUCCGCGUGAUGACCCCUCACCCUGACUUUGCCCCCUCCGAUAUGAGCAUCCAGGCCGCGCUCCGUAAGAUGCAUGAUGGUCACUACCUUAACCUCCCCGUCAUGAACGAGGGCGGCGAAAUUGUCGGUAUGGUGGAUGUGUUGAAGCUCACUUACGCCACUCUUGAACAGAUCAACACCAUGUCGACUCAGGAUGACGAAGGUCCUGCAUGGAACAAGUUCUGGCUUUCGAUGGACCAUGAGUCGGACUCGAUGGUCUCAGGCAGCCAGAGCCAGCAGCCGCACACUCCCCAUAACCGCUCUGUUAUGAGCCCCGACCUGGCUCGUUCAGGUUACGAUAACAGCGUCCUUCCCAACGAUUCCGCAUCACACAAUGGCGGCGAGGACCACUCCGAGGUUGCAUCCCAACACCACCAUCACCAAGUUGAGGAUGUUCCGUUCCCCUUCAAGUUCAAGGCUCCCGGUGGACGUGUGCACCGCGUUAACGUAUUGACCUCCGCGGGUGUCGAAGACCUUGUUAAGCAGGUAACUGCCAAAUUGGGCAGCGAAGUCGAGGCUGUUGGUGGUGAGGCGGUGGUUGAAGAAGGCCGCCUUAGCAACACCGGCUAUGCUCUCAGCUACAUGGACAAUGAGGGAGACACUGUCUCCAUCACCACCGACCAGGACAUGCUGGAUGCUAUCAACCUUGCACGUCACACCCACCGCGAAAAGGUUGAUCUGUUUGUUCAUGAUCCUUCUCAACCACCCAUUCCUGCCACCGUUGAGCCCCAGCCAAUUAAACCUGCCACCCCAAUUAUCGAAGACCAGGCCAGUGUCGCCGAAUCCAGCGCCACUGAGGAGCCCAUUGUGAAGCCCCGGCAGCAAACUCUCCCUUCGCGUGGACAUGGUAAUGUCCCCGAAGACCAGCUCAUUGCUGGUGUUCCUAAUGAUCUCCUGCUCCCUGGAGCUAUCGUGACUUUGGCCGCCGUUAUUGCUGGUGUGUUCAUUCUCAGCCGGCCCAGCGGUCGCUAA